UGUCACAAGCCCAUCAAAUGUCUGUCUGCUCAGCCCUGCUGAAAUGUCUCCAUGCAAAAGGGAAAUGGUUAUAAUGUCCUCUUUCUCUGCGUUGAACACUUCUGAGCAACAUCUCACUAAAGCAACUUGAAAAGCAGCAAGUCCUUGGACUGCUUCCUCUUCCUCAUGCUAACAGGAGCCAAGCUCACCCUAUGUAUUGUAUUUAUGUAAAAGACAUUUAGGAUUGUUAGUGAAAUGUCUGUUUGGUCUAGACUGUGCCCUGGUUAUCUGUGCCUGAGUAGCUCCACUGGACACCACUAUUUGCACAAACCAGCGGUUAGUCUGAGAGUAAAUUAAUCCCUUUUCUGCCAAAGCACUGACCUCCUGCGAUUGAUUGACCUGGCAAACGACCCUCAGCUGACAACGGGCCAUAAAAAAGGGACUUCUGAGCAAAGGAGUGUCAUUAGCUCUGAACCGCUUGGAGCCAUGCGGGCGAUACUGUUGGCUGUGGUUUAUAUCCCAUUCAUCGUGGCUGUGGAAAGAAUCCCCUUGAUUCGAUUCAAAUCUAUCAAGAAACAGCUGAAGGAAAAGGGAGAAUUAGAGGAAUUUUGGAGGAAUCACCACCCUGAUGUUUUUGCCCGGAGGUAUCUGCAUUGUUUCCCUGCAGAUAUUGCUUUAUCAGUAGGAACUGCUUCAGAAAGGCUGUAUGAUUACAUGAAUGCGCAGUACUACGGGGUUGUGAGCGUCGGGACACCGCCCCAGAGGUUCACCGUCGUGUUCGACACUGGCUCCUCCAACUUCUGGGUCCCUUCCGCUUAUUGCAUCAGCGAGGCCUGCAGGGUGCAUCAGAAAUUUAAGUCCUUCAAGUCAGAUUCAUAUGAGCACGGAGGGGAAGCCUUCUCCCUGCAGUACGGCUCAGGACAGCUUCUGGGCAUUGCUGGCAAAGACACACUGCAGAUAAGUAACAUCUCCAUCAAGGGACAGGACUUCGGCGAGUCAGUGUUUGAGCCAGGAGCAACUUUUAUCCUUGCCCACUUUGAUGGUAUACUGGGCUUAGGCUACCCCUCCUUAGCAGUGGGCAAUGCUCUGCCCGUGUUUGACAGCAUCAUGAACCAGAACCUGGUAGAGGAGCCGGUCUUCUCUUUCUAUCUGAAAAGAGGAGACGACACCGAGAAUGGUGGUGAGUUGAUUCUGGGGGGAAUAGACCAUUCUCUCUACAAAGGUUCAAUCCACUGGGUCCCAGUCACAGAGAAAAGCUACUGGCAAAUACACAUGAACAAUAUAAAGAUCCAGGGCCGGGUGGCAUUUUGCUCCCAUGGCUGCGAAGCCAUCGUUGACUCGGGCACUUCUCUUAUCACCGGCCCCUCUUCACAAAUCAGGCGAUUGCAGGAAUAUAUUGGGGCAAGUCCAUCAAAUACUGGAGAGUUUCUCGUAGACUGCAGAAGAUUGUCGAGCUUGCCUCACAUAAGCUUCGCGAUCGGACACCGCGAGUACAAGCUGACUGCAGAGCAGUACAUCAUCAAGGAGUCUAUUGAUGACCAAACCUUCUGCAUGAGCGGCUUUCAGUCUCUCGACAUCCCCACUCGCACUGGCUCGCUCUGGAUUUUAGGAGAUGUCUUCAUGUCUGCAUUUUACUGCAUUUUUGACCGUGGGAAUGACAGAGUGGGAUUUGCAAAAGCUGUUCACAGGAAAGAUUACCACUGAGCCGUAAUAGCAUUUAUUCUGUCUUUACUCAAAUGUUAAUGUAAUGAUCUUCAACACAUGUGUGAAGAAGAGCUUUUACUGAAACUCUGGACCUAAAUGCAUAUUGUGUUCUCUCCCUCCACGUUUUAAGGACUUUGCAGUGAUCCUUGUCCCAGAUUAUAUAGUUUGGUUAAAUAUCUGUAUGUUUACAAUGGAGAAACAAUUUUUCCUGAGUAACUCACGGACACUACAGCUCCCAGGAUAAAGCAGCAGAACAGCUCAGCACUCAGAUUUGCAAAAGAUCAGGAAUAAAAAUGCUGAACUGUGCCAGGCUAACAAGAUAGCAGCUAUUACUGGGCAAAACUAAUCCUAGUCCUGUCUGGUCUGGCUAUCCUUUUUUUUUCUUCUUGCGUGCUAGUUUCCACCUCAUUUCCUACAGAUUUCCUUUUCGUCACUAUUUUCCAUGGUUUGGGUCUUGUUCAACUUUGUUUCCUGAGUGCCAUGGAAAUUCUCUUUAAAUUAGCUUGCUCCAACCAGCUUAUAUAAAAGGGAAUUUGACUGAU